AAGCUCUGCUAGCAGAAAAAGAAAGAAAGAGAGAGAGCGCCAAACAGAAAGCUCAUGGCGGGAAACGAGGCGCAGAAGCAGCUACUGACACUGAUUCGCGGUUUCGCUUCUGAGAAGUCUCAUGGAGAGAAACGAGUGAUUAGUUUGAAGAAGCGAAUAGAAGACCUUCAAUCGGAGCUUGAGGCAGCCAAUUUGGAGCUCGAAGAUGCUAAGCGUUUCAAAGAAACCACCGAGCAAGAACUCAAAGGUCUGGAAGUUGAGUUAGCUGUGAAAGAAGCUUCGAUUCAAGCCCUAGAGAAGGAGAUAACUAACAAGAUGGCAAGAGGGCUAUAUUCAGAAACAGCAGUAUACAUGGGAAAAUAAAAUUCAAAUAAUGAAAAAAUAAUCAGAAUAGUCAUCUCAAUGAAAAAAUAAUAAUAAAUAGCCCGUUAGUUGGUUUCAUGAAUGGCCAUUCAUUCGUCAAGUUGUUUAGGUUACCAUCUGAAUUCUCCUCAGAAUAAGGCAACACUCUUCUCUUUCAUGUCCAUCUUUCCCAGACAGAGAAAUAAGCUGUACAAAAGGAA